UUAUGUUCAUUUAUUUUGUGUGUGUGUAUAGGAAUGAAUGAAAGGUUGCCUUUUUAAAAAUGGUUUCUUGCAUCCUUUAAUUGCUCUAUCGACCUGCACUUUUUUUUGUAAACAGGACAGCUCUAAUUGUCGAGGCUCACGAGUCCAAGCAAAUUUGUGAUGUGUACCUUUUGGUUGAUUAUGUUGAAAUAGGUAAGCAACUUCAAAAACCGAUCACCGAUGACGCAAAAGAAACGCCUACGAUCGUAUCAACCAAUGGGGAGUGACCCGUGUUGACCAAUCAGAAUAAAAGCAGUUGGCCAAUCGUAAGUCACUUUUUAGACGAAUCAUUUUUGAGCCUGGCUCGUCUUCCUGUUUUGCUGAGUGGUUUUUUUUCUCCUGGUGAACGGAGAAACAAUUAACCCCCUCCAAAAAAAGCACGGCGUAACCGAACGGGGUCCGUUUACGGUUGAGCAGGACGGGCGGAGAUCAUGGGUGGCGUCAAACAGGAGCAGAAUGAUGCUCCGCAGCACGCUCGAGCAUCGCAAUCUACAGAACAGCCUCAAGACGAGCCGAAAAAGCGAGGAUGGCCGAAGGGUAAGAAAAGGAAGAAAGUGCUACCCAACGGUCCCAAGGCACCAGUAACCGGCUACGUCCGCUUCUUGAAUGAGCGGCGGGAAGUGAUGCGGGCCCGGUAUCCUGACCUACCUUUCCCGGAAAUCACCAAGAGGCUCGGAGCAGAAUGGACGCGAUUAGCGCCAAAUGACAAGCAGCGUUACCUGGAUGAGGCUGAGAGGGAGAAGAUGCAGUACGCCCAGGAACUGAAGGAAUAUCACCAGACGGAGGCGUAUCAGAUCACCAGCACCAAGAUACAAGACAAGAGGAUUAAGAAAGAGGACAAUCCCUCUGUAAUUAUCAGUGCCAGUUCGGGCUUGCCAAAGACAUCCGAGCUCCCAAGCAGGUUUGACAUCCCGAUCUUCACAGAGGAGUUCCUUGAUCAGAAUAAAGCCCGAGAGGCGGAGUUGCGCCGACUCCGCAAGGCCAACGUCGAGUUUGAGGAGCAGAACGCGGUGCUCCAGAGGCACAUCAAAGACAUGUACAAUGCCAAAGAGCGUCUGGAGGCGGAGCUGAGCCAGGACGAGAAGCGCACACAGGCGCUCCACCAGCACUUGCUGGCCAUUAAACAUACGCUGGUCAACAGUCUGUCUGCUGUGCCGCUACCAGGCACAGGGGAGACGGCGUCCCUCGGAAACCUGGAUUCGUAUCUCAGUCGUCUCAGCGGCGCGCUCGAAGGGAACCCGCACAAGCACCGCGCCUUGCUCACCCAGCUUUGUGACGUCCUCUCUCACCUGGACAGCGAGAAGUUGUAAGACCCUCUCCCGCCUCCCAAGUCAUUCCUGCACCGGGCUGACGAGUUCCAGGCAAAGCGUUGCCUCGUGCAUCCGGCGCCAUCUGGGUCGAGGGUGAGGACGUCUCGAGGUCUGGAAAGGGCAGUGCCCUGAACACAUCAUUGGUCGGAGUGAGCGCUGCUCCUCUUCUCUACCACAUUUGCGAAUUCAUUAAAGUGUGCAGAAACUAUUCCUAUCUCUACUUACUUACUUUUGUCAGUAAUAAUGAGUUUACAAGUAAUGCCAGGUGGAAUUGGUGGCUGGGAUCAUUUAUGUACGCGGCGUUCUUUAUGAUAUUUGAAAUGUCGUAUGACUUAUGCUUUCGACUCGAUCACGGAAUGUUGUCGUAUCCUUUUGUAUUAUUUGUUGUGAACUGUAUUUGUAUUGUUUCCAAAAUGCUGUUUGAAACAGUGCUGAAAAAAAUUUCCGAUGUAAGGUCAACAA